UUUCACCCUAUGGGGAAAAUUUUAUGAGUUUAUAAACUAAAUUCGCCAGCUACAACUUGCAUACAAAUUGGACGUCUCUUCUCUCCCCCUAGCAGCCUUCAUUCUUCUUCUUUAGGGCUAGUGCUUGGCCAAUUCCUGUAAUUAGAGCACGACGUCUAUAUAUCCUGGCUCCCUUUGGGCUCCUGGAGAACUCGGAGAGAUCUGAAGGACUUACCGCAGUGUCGGCACCCGACGUGUUCUCCCACAGGCGCCUCUCUCUCCCUCCAUCUCCAUCUCCUGCAGCAGACCUUGAAAGCGGCUGGUCCCUUGCCUUGCUGUCCUGUCCUGUCCUGUGUUGUAACAAUGGGGCCGCUCCUCCUCAUGGGUGCGGUGGUGCUGGUGCUAGCUGUGGUGGCCCUCUCCCUCUCCCUCUACCGCUACUACGCCCAGAGGCCCUCCAUCUUCUCGGAGGAGUGUCUGAGGCCCCCCGCCCCUCUGGUGCUGGACCAGAAGCUGAGAGACCAGGUGCUCAAGAUAGGUUUCCGUAGCGACCGCGUUCCGGAGGGGCUGGAUGCGGUUGUCGUGGGCAGCGGCAUCGGGGGCCUGAGCGUGGCGGCGGUGUUGGCCAAGGCCGGCAAGAAGGUGCUGGUGCUGGAGCAGCACGACCAGGCGGGAGGAUGCUGCCACACCUUCCAGAAGCAGGGCCACGAGUUUGACGUGGGCAUCCACUACCUGGGCCAGCUGCAUGAGACCAGCCUGUUGCGUGUGGCUCUGGACCAGCUGACUGAGGGCCAGCUGCAGUUCUCCCCGCUGGAGCAGCACUUCGACACGGUGCUGAUCGGCCAGGGGGCGGGCCGCAGGGAGUACCGGCUGCAGGCGGGGAAGACCCAGAUGCACCAGUGCCUGAGGAGCCACUUCCCCCAGGACACCCAGGCUGUGGACGAGCUCCUGAGGCUGAUGAAGCUGUGUGCCCGCCACACGCCCCUGCUGGCCUGCCUGAAGAUGCUGCCGCUGUGGGUGGUCCGUCUGGUGGUCCGCAGCGGCCUGCUGGGACUCCUCUCCCCCAUAUUCCGCCUCUCCGCCACCAGCCACUCCAGCCUCAUGGCCAGCCUCACCAGCAACAAGGACCUGCACGCCCUCUCAGCCUACCUCUUCUAUGGUGUGCCGCCAAAAGAUUCCAGCUUCCUCAUCAAUGCGCUGCUGCUGCACCACUACAAGCGAGGCGCCUACUACCCACACGGGGGCGCCAGUGAAUUUGCUUUCCACAUCAUCCCCGUUAUUCAGCGAGCAGGAGGCAACGUGCUGGUCAGGGCUCCUGUUCAACGCAUCCUGCUCAACAAAGAGGGCUCUGCCUAUGGCUUGACGGUGAGGAGAGGGCAAGAGGAAGUGGAGAUACUGGCCCCCGUCGUCAUCUCCGACGCAGGCAUAUUUAACACCUUCCAGAAGUUUCUGCCCUCAGAUGUGCAAGCCAAGCCAGAGAUGGGGAAGCUGCUGAGUAUGGUGCAGCAUGGCAUGGGCUCCUUCCUGGUGUUUGUGGGUCUGGAGGGAACCCAGGAGGAGCUGGGUAUCGUCCCCACCAGCUUCUGGAUGUACAAAGACAACGACCUGGACCAGUUAAUGGAGCGUUACAGUUCUCUAGGCAGAGAUGAAGUCCUCGGCAACAUCCCCAUGAUGUUCAUCACCUUCCCAUCCGCUAAGGACCCUACGGCCAGCAUCCGUCACCCAGGGAAGUCGUGCAUGACGCUGCUGACCAUGGCGCGGUACGAGUGGUUUGAGGAGUGGAAGGAGACGAGGCUGGGUCGCCGAGGAGAGGACUACGAGGCCCUGAAGAACAGCAUGGCACAGGAGCUGCUAGAGUGGAGCCUACAGAUCUUCCCUCAGCUCCGGGACAAGGUGGUGUUUACGGAGGCUGCCACCCCCCUGACCAACACACACUACCUGGGGGCCCCGCGGGGGGAGAUGUACGGGGCCGAGCACAACCUCCAGCGCUUCGACCCAGAGGUGGUGGCCAGCCUGAGGCCCACCACACCCAUCAAAGGCCUCUACCUCACAGGGCAGGAUGUGUUCUGCAACGGCAUGGCCGGGGCGUUGCACGGGGGUCUCCUGUGUGCCUCGGCUGUUCUGGGCCGCAUCCUGUACAUCGACCUGCUGACUCUCAAGAAACGGCUGAAGAGGCAGAAAGCUCUGAAGAGGAUGUAGCUCUAAGCUCUCAGCACCGCUGCUGUUAGUGGCGUCUCACCAGGCCGCACUCUCUCCUCCCCUCUCUCCUCCCCUCUCCUCUCUCCUCUUCUC